AUGAAGAAGAUGCCUUCUCUGGCGGCGGCCAGCGGCGACCCGUUUUACGUUUUUAGAGAUGAAUUAGAGAACAAGGUGUUGGCCGUACGUCAGAAAUAUGCUCAGUGGCGGACUAUACUAGAAGCCACGGACUCGCCGGCCACUAAGAAUCUGCCGGCAUUAACACAUCAGAUCGAGGGAGCUGUGACAACUGCAGAAAAGUCAGUCAAGUUUUUAGAGGAGACUAUCGUUAUGGUGGAGGCGAAUCGAGCGAAGUUUGAGCACAUUGACGCAGCAGAAAUCGCAAGUCGGAAAGCUUUUGUGGCAGCCACAAGAAAGGAGUUGCGAGCUGUUUCGACCGAAAUCUCGGCCGAGGCGGUUAAAAGUCGAAUUCGACAAGAGGAACGCAAGUUGAUGCAGAAAUCGACGACGUCCUUAAGGUCAAACCUCUCCGAGCAUAACAGAAAUAAACGAUUUUUGAAGGAAGAAACUCAGCGGCAACAACAAGUUAUGCAGGAACAAGAUCAAAGUUUAGAAGGACUUCACACAGAUAUUACGCGCUUGCAUAAUGUCACAGUCGAGAUUUCAAGUGAAGUUCAACAGCAGAAUAAGAUGCUAGACGAAUUAACAAAUGAUGUGGAUGAAGCUCAAGAACGAAUGAAUUUUGUCAUGGGGAGCUUAAGCAAAUUUCUCAAGACGAAAGACACAUGCCAACUUGGACUUAUUCUCUUCUUAAUGGCGGUUUUGGUCAUUAUGGUAUUCUUAGUAGUGUACACUUAA